UACUUGUAUGGAGAUAAAUGUAAAUUAGAUCGAAAAUACAUGGUUCUAACUUUUUGAGAUUAGACCAAAAUAAAUGGGUCAUUAGUGAGAUUUGGGGGUUUUGCGGUUUGGUGGUAGUUAGUGUAUGUAUUUAGUUUUUUGAUUAAAUUACUCGAGAAAACAAAAUAACCAAACAAAGGCGCCUCAAGAUAGAGGAAGCGGAGUCCUACUUCCAGGCAGAGACAGGGAGAGUCCCAGUCGUCGAAUUCUAUCUAUCGAUCAGAGCCUCAGUGUAUUUUGUGAAGAAAUAUCGGAGAGGGAGAAAAGGAAUUAUAACAGCAUUGGCAUGCGACACAGGUUGAGCCAACAAAGGUAAGAAGAAGCCCUAAUGCAGCAAGCUUUGCUUCAACAGCAUCACAUGUACCAUCCAGGCGUACUCGCUGCUGCCAUGUCUCAGAUGGAACCAAUCCCCAGUGGAAAUCUGCCUCCCGGUUUUGAUUCGUCCACAUGCCGCAGUGUUUAUGUAGGAAAUAUUCAUGUAAAUGUCACUGAGAAACUUCUUGCUGAAGUUUUCUCGACUGCUGGUCCUCUUGCAGGAUGCAAGCUCAUCAGAAAAGAUAAGUCAUCAUAUGGUUUCAUAGAUUACCAUGAUCGACCAUCUGCAGCCCUUGCAAUAAUGACACUCCAUGGGCGUCAACUUUACGGUCAAGCACUUAAAGUGAAUUGGGCAUAUGCAAAUAGCCAAAGGGAGGACACAUCAGGCCAUUUCCAUAUAUUUGUUGGUGAUUUGAGUCCAGAGGUUACUGAUGCAACCCUAUUUGCAUGCUUCUCAGUCUAUAGUAGUUGCUCAGAUGCAAGAGUCAUGUGGGAUCACAAAAGUGGACGCUCAAAAGGAUAUGGCUUUGUUUCCUUCCGCAAUCAGCAGGAUGCACAGAGUGCUAUAAAUGACUUGACUGGUAAAUGGCUUGGAAAUAGGCAAAUAAGAUGUAACUGGGCAACGAAAGGUUCUGCAUCCAAUGAAGAUAAGCAAAUUGGCGAUAACCAAAAUGCAGUUGUACUUACUAAUGGAUCUUCAGAUAUUUCAUUAUGUAUCUUCCGUCAUGCAGAAGGAUGUCAGGAAAAUGCUAAUGAGGAUGCUCCUGAAAACAAUCCUGCAUACACUACUGUCUAUGUUGGUAAUCUUUCCCACGAGGUUACUCAAGCUGAGCUCCAUUGUCAAUUUCAUGCUCUUGGAGCUGGGGUGAUUGAGGAGGUUCGUGUUCAGAGAGAUAAAGGUUUUGGAUUUGUAAGAUAUAAUGCUCAUGAAGAAGCAGCCUCUGCCAUCCAGAUGGCCAAUGGGAAGCUAGUUCGUGGAAAGCCAAUGAAGUGUUCAUGGGGUAGCAAGCCAACACCCCCUGGGACAGCUUCGAAUCCAUUACCACCUCCUGCUCAACCAUAUCAGAUCCUACCAUCUUCUGGCAUUAAUCAGGGUUAUUCUGCAACUGAUUUGUUGGUCUAUCAGCGCCAACUUGCCCUGAGCCAGGCUGCUGCAUCUGGCUUAUCAGGUCAAGCUCUUGUGCAGCUGACUGGACAACAUGGCCUAGCUGCUGCUUCUAUGGGUUUGAACUCCGGUGGAUCCCAGUCCCUCUAUGAUGGAUAUCCUAACAGUUCUUCAGGUCAGCAGCUCAUGUAUUAUCGUUAAUGUGAGGGCCAUUUUCACUGAUUAUUUUCCUCGGUGCCAUAUGGGUACCUAUCCUUGGAUUUUUUUUUUUGUUCUUUUUAAAUUUUCAAUUAUGGGUUCUCUGAGAUGUGAGGUCGGUGAGUUCUGGUUUUGUUGUAUUAGUGCUUCAUGUGACGAGCAUUUCUUGGGGGGUUUUUUUUUUUCCAGUUAGAUUGUGCACUGUUUUAUUAGUCUUUCUUUCUUUUUGUUUCUCUCUUCAUCUCUUUGCUUAAAUGAUCUGUGUAAAGCCUGAGUUUUGGAGAGUAUAUAGCAUGAUAUUAGUUUGACAAACCUAACUUUGUACGAAGGGUGCAAGAGAGAUGCUGAAGCCAUUGCCUGAUUAUUGAAGUUCCAUUAAAAAUAUAAUUAAAAUAAAUAAAUUGUGCAACUUGUGCA